UCCACGGCCGAUUCCCUAUGCCCGGCAACUACACGGGCCGUUUAGUUGAGCAAAUAUUUUAACGUAUCAGUUACAUCAGCUAAAUCUGGUGUGCAAACCGUACCGUGAUUCCAUUCACCGUUGGAUCUUCAGGCAUUGCUCCGUGCACCGUUCGGACGAACCUGCUGGUAAUUACCAUUAUCGUGUCCGAUUACACAACAGUUGCAGCACUACCUGGAAUUUGAACACGAAAGCCCAACGGCCAAACAAAUGUACAGCGUUUGUGUCGUUUGUUUUACGUGUGGUUUUUGGUGUGGAUGGUGAACGCUGUAGAAACAUUCUAGCAAAAACCAUCUUCGAUAUAGUAUCAAUUACACCGGUCUUGUAUAUCAUAGAUAUGCUUACGUACCGGAAUAAGAUUUCAUUAGAUCGUAAGUUGUUUAAAACACCUUGUGUACUAAAAUCUGAUUAGACGCGUAAAGGUGAUAGUGGCUUGUUAAUUGUCCUCAAAAAUCUGCGAAGAUAACUCUUAUUUCUGGAAACUAUAACCCAAUUUUGCCUCCAAACAGCGAAGGAGCCGAGUAAUAAUAGAACAAGGUUUUUUUUUUCUCCCGGGAGGUUAUCUGUGGAACACAUUCAUAGUUUAUCCUGUUUGGCUGAGUCUAAGAGGCAUAAUAUUUUGUUGGUACUCGCUCGUGAGCAUUAAGCACGUCUAUUGGGAAAACAUAGAUUAGCUGCAUUUAUACGCAAUCUAUCGCGGCAAAAACAAUUAUGACGAAGAACGUACACACGCAGAAGAAACGAAUAUUGAUAAAAAAAGGAGAUAACAAACAAAAGGAACAUAAUCAGCGAUUAUAUCAGGGGGCAGGUUAUACAAUGAUUGGCUGAAAUAAUAUUCCGAUGUCUCUUAUCGUAGAACACAACCGUGUGGCCCACAAAGUAAGGACGAUAAAACGGCUCAAGGAAGAAUGCGAUUACCGGGUAUGUUCAAUGACGCGUAACGACGGUUAAUCGAUAGGGAAAACGUUGAGAUGGUGUAAUGGAAGAAUUCCGAAUUGUGCUGUUGCCGUGUUGCUGUGUCGUGUGGAUAAGAUAAGCUAACUAUAACCUACAGCAACCGAAUCUUUGUUAUACAGUCACAAAAACGGUUAAUAUCAGUAAUCAAUUGCCCCCCAAACGAGAUGAUCUCCAGUGUUUACUGCCAAAAACAGGAUUAAUCCGUUUGGAAAUAUGACUUGAUGCACGUUUUUAAUUGUGUGCGAUAAGUAUUGCUCAAGGAAUGAGCAGGGAUUUCAAGCUCCUACUUAAAUUAAAUAAAAUUGUUGCUCUUCCACGAUCUAUUACUUAUGCAAACUAAGAUAAUGGAGCUUGAUUGUUUAAAAAGUAAAGUAAAAAUUGUAUUAUAAAACUACCAGUUUAUUUUCUUCACCAAGAAUAAUGUUCUGUAUACACAUAAUCUAAGCCUAGGUUGCCUAUAUCAGUCUUCCCUCACAAUCGUAAACAGUUCAUCGAAUACUUCAGCUGUACUUCGCCCAUCGAAUCAUUACGAUGCCAAAAGUAGCUAAGUCACGCUGUAUGCUUCUACUGGCAUAUCAUUGAAUCAUAUAUGCUCCACCGGAGGAAGUGGAAAGCACCCCACGCAAAAGCAUCUAAUCUUUCUGAUCUAAUGCUUUAAUCCCGGGAUGGAUGGACUGACGUUCAUAGAGGGUGAGUCCGGGUGAUAAAAUGUAUCGCCGCAGCGCGAUAAGAUACAAAAGUAUCAGUUGGCAAUUGGUUAUUUUGCUGUUAAAUAUCCUGCGCGUAACAACAAACGGAGCAGUACAGUGCGCAGUAAACUUUACCAGAGAUCUCGACGGUUGUGCCAGUGUUUGAAGAUGAAGACCAUUCUGUUCGUAGUUGCUUGCCUUCCAGCGUUUGCAUUCGGUCUUGCGGUGAGACCCUGUGCCAAUAAUGCGCCCAUUCCACAGGAUGUACGCGUGGUAGGCUGCACGGCAGAACCGUGCGUCAUUCCGAUUGGCGGUAUGGUCGAUAUGGACUGUGACUUCGUUUCGCCCCGUGCCACCCAAACUGUGCAGGCAACGCUCGACAUCUUUUUGGGAGAUUUCCGCGUACCGUACGAUCUGCCUGCUGCGCAGCAGAAUGCUUGCAACUUCUUCGAGGCCGGCAGCUGUCCGGUGACGGAGGGUGAGUUCAUCAACUACCAUUUGAACACACCGGCGGCCGCACCGUUCGCGGGCAUCACUGUCGAUCUGCAGCUUCAGCUGACUGACGACAAUGGGCAACCACUGUUCUGCUUCCGUUCGUCUGCCCAGAUCGUGGCCGUGUAAAACUAUUCUCUGUGGUGUGCGACAUUUGUAAUGGACAGUAAAAAACAAAAACGCAGCUAAUAAAAUGAUCUGUUGAAGGGGUUAGACGAAAUGUCCCUUAAUCAA